AUGAGUUGACUCAUUUUUUCACUUCAAAAGAAAAAAAAAAGAAGAGAAUUCUCAAAACGUUGAAUUUGUAACUCUUCACUUUCUUCUGUCAAUCUUUAAUGGCCUCUGAGGAGAGCAUGAUGAUGAAUUCUUCUUCCAUUAUAGACGAAGAGUAUGAAGAUACAGAUGAUGGGUUUCAUUACCAGACAAGGCAAAACAGUUUGUCUAGGUUAUCUAUAUGCACAAGCUCCUUCCACGAAGACGAUGAAGAUCAUCCUUCAGAGUUGGGUAAUUUCAUCUCUACGUUGUCUCUAGAGAGCUUCAAUGAUGACGUCGGAGCCGAAGCUGACGGAGAAAUCUCCGAUGACGGUGACGAAUCGGAUUCCGACAAGGAAUCUUCCGGAUUCUACUCUCUCCCGACGAUCACAUCUCGCCGGAGAAGAAAACUCACAGUUUCCGGCGGUUUAGAAACGAGCAAAGAGAGUGCGACGAAAAUCGAUGGAAGUAAGUGUAAUAUAGUUAGUCAACGGAGGGUAUUAAGGGAAAAGAGUAAAAGGGGGAAUCAGUACGGUCACUGGUUUAACGGCGUGGAGAGAGACAGUGACGGCGGAGGAGGAGGAGGAGAGUUGACGGUGUUAACGAAGGUGAGAGGAGGGAAGAAGUCAAUGAAGAUGGGGUUUGAAGAAGUGAAAGCUUGUAGAGAUCUCGGGUUCGAACUGGAUGUUCCGGGUCGGGUUUCAAUAUCCCCCGGGUCAAACCGAGAGACUAGUAGUGGCGGCAACUCUCCCAUUGCCAACUGGCGUAUCUCAAGUCCUGGGGAUGAUCCGAAAGAGGUUAAGGCGAGAUUAAAGAUGUGGGCACAAGCAGUAGCUUUAGCUUCUGCGUCACGUUAAGCUUCUUAUUACUCUCUUCUGCUCUAUUAGGGUCUUGUCUUUCAAAAUUUUAGCUUUUUGUUCCUCAAGUCUUUUCUUGUAUCAGUAACUCGUUUUAUGGGUUUCUUGUAUAAAUAUGAAAGCUACAC